AUGGGAAAAGGUUUAAAAUUUUUUUCUUACGGACUGUCAUUAGUAAUAUUUUGCACUUUUGUCUACAUAUAUCUCUCAAGCCCAGUUUAUAAUGGUUAUGUAACCCACAGCCAUCUUAAAUAUGGUGCAGUUUACGUUAGAAGAGAUGAAUACGGAAUACCUACUAUUAAAGGAAAUAAACUUAGAGAUGCUAUUUUUGGAUUAGGUUAUGCAUAGUGUUAAGAUAGAUAAUGGCAUAUGGAUUUUUCUAGGAGAUUCGCUUAGGGAAGGUUAAGUGAAAUAUUUGGAAAUAAGACAUUAGAUAUGGAUAUUUAGCAAAGAGAGUUUGGUCUUCUGAGCAUAGUUAAAAGCAUGAAAAUAGACGAAGAAACUAGGGAGCAUUUAUAAGCGUUUACUGAUGGUGUUAACGAGUGCAAUAUUAACAAAAAAGCAAGAUCUUUAGAAUAUCUUAUCACAAGAUCUGAAUUCCAAGAGUGGACCAUUGAAGACUCAGUUUCAAUCCUUAUGUAGAUAUAGUUAUUUUUGGCUUAAGAUUUUCCUGCUGAGCUUAUUAGAGAAAAGAUAGCAAAAAAGUAUACAAGCGAUGUUAGCGUAAGUUCAGGAAUACAUUGGGAAUAAGGCCAUAUCCCACUUGAAACAAUUAUGACAGAAGAAGAUGUAAAAAAAAUGGGGCUCUUUGAAAAUUACAAUGCUUCUAGCUUCAAUUAGCAAUAAGCACCCAAAGUAGCUGAAGAUUAUAUUGAUAAAAUAUUACAAAGUGGAUUAAGCGAAUAUUUGGACCAUUAAAGAGGAUCAAAUACAUGGGCAAUUCAUGGUAAUCACACUAAUACUGGAAAGCCAAUUGUUGCUAAUGACCCUCACUUAUUUAACUAAAUGCCUUCAUUUUGGUAUCAAGUACAACUUAUUUAUUAAAAUGAAAGAAAUAUCACAAUUAGUGGGUCAUCAACUCCUGGUAUUCCAGGUAUAUUCUCAGGCAUAACUGAUUACUUAGCAUGGGGUGUUACCGCUUUAAGCAAUGAUAUUGCUGAUUUGUACUCUGAAAAGCUCAAUGAUAAAAAUACUUAAUAUUUUUUCGAUGGUAAAUGGAGGGAUUUAAAAUACAGAAAUGAAACUAUUAAAAUUAAAGGAUAUCCUGAGUAUAAGCUUACUGUUAAGGAGACACACCACGGUCCAAUACUCAGUUCUUAAUAUAAAGAUUCUAAUCUAGCUCUUUGCUGGGUUAACAGAAUACACAGUUUAAAUAGCUUAACUUCUAUGUACAGAUUUUAUGAAGCAACUAACUUGCAACAAGCUUUAGAAUAGUUACAAGAUCUAUAAGUUAACUUUGGUUUAUCUUUUGCUACAAAUGAUAAUCACAUAGGUUUCUUUGCAACAGGAAUAAUUCCACUUAGAAAUAACCCUGAAAAGUCUGCUUUUAUAUAAGAUGGUACCGAUAGAAAUAACGAUUGGAUAGGUUAUCUCCCUAAAUCAUAGAAUCCUCAUUUAAUAGAUCCUGAAAGAGGUUUCAUAGUUGCUGCCAAUAACAAAAUAAGUCCUAACAGUGCAAAGGGAUUUGCUUCUGUGAAUAUGCAUCCAACUGCACGUGCUCAAAGAAUCAGAGAAAUGAUUGAACAAUACAUUAAAGAAGGGAAAAAAAUAUCAGUUGAAGAUGUUAAAAAGAUGUAAUAUGAUGCUGUAGAUGUUUAUGCAAGAUAAGUAGCACCUUAUGUGAUCAAUCUUUAUGAAAAAUAAAAAUAACAAUUUUAAUCUGUCAACGAAACUCAAAAAAUAGAUUAAAUGAUUAUACACCUAAAGAAUUGGACUUUCUCUUACGAAAAAGAAUUAGUAGGUGGUACAAUAUUUAGUACUUUCUACUUAAAAGUUGGUGAAAAGUUAUUUAACAAAUACUCAUCAGACAAAAAGUAAAGAAAUGAAGCUGUCUUUUACUAUCACAUGGAACCCUUUAUAAUGAACUAAAUUAUCUAAUGGUCAGAAGGCAAAGACUAAAGCUCUGCUUGGUGUGAUGACUCAUGCUGCUCUGAACACUAAUAAAAAUGUGUUAAGCUAUUCUUCCAAGCUAUAAAAGAUACAUAUAAUUACUUACAAAGAAGAUUAGGUUAAAAUAUCUUUGAAUGGUAAUGGUAGAAGGUUCAUGAAAAAUAGAUUCCUCAUAUUUCAUUUAAGAGUUUGCCUUAUUUUAGUAGUAUUUUAAAUAAAUCUUAUCCUGCUUCAGGAAAUAAAAGAACAGUUGGUGCUCAAGCUGAAAAUUUCAAAGAAAGUGACUUAAAUAGUAUCUUUUCUGCCAAUAUGAGAGCAGUCUACUCUCUUGAUAGAAAUGAUAAAAGUUUUUAUGUUAUAGAUACAGGUAUAUCAGAGAGUGUUCUUUCUACUCACUAUAGUGACUAAUUAAAGCUCUAUCAACAAGGGGAAUAUGUUGAAAUUAAAAGAGAUCUAAAUAAGUUAAAAGAAAACAACAAAGAUAUGCUUCUUUUGAUUUAUGAUCCUAAAUUAGGUAAGAAAUCAAAAGAAUAAAAAUCUAAUGAUGCUCCUAAAUAAGACACUAACAGCCAAACUGAAACAUCACACAAAUAAAAUAAAAAAUAAAAAUCUGAAAUUAAAACUGAUAUGUGA